AUGUCACUGCCCACCACCAAACCCUCCCCCCAAAAGGGCGACUACCAACCCGCCAACCCAACCGACCUGCGCGCCCCCUGCCCCGUCCUCAACAGCCUCGCCAAUCACGGCCUCAUCUCUCGCUCCGGCCGCAACAUCACCUCCACCGAGCUCACCACCGCCCUCCGCGACCUCGGCCUCGGCAUUGACGUCGCCUCCCUCCUCGUCCGCACCGCCUUCAAAGUCCACACCGAUGACCCCGACAACGCGCCCCCAGGAUCCUCCUGGUCUGGCCUGCGCGACCCAGACCAAGUCAACUCCGACGGCACUCCCGUCCUGAACCUCGACCAAGUCGGACGCCCGCACGCCAUCGAACACGACGUGUCACUAACACGCCAGGACCGCGCCCUGGGCGACUACAUGUCCCUGAACCCGGACCUGUACGCCCAACUCCUCUCCUAUCCGGAGGACACCUCGGAAUUCCGAGUCUCGGAUCUCGGCCGCCUGCGCAAGAUGAGAUAUGAGCAGCAGAAGCAGGCGAAUGGGCAGUUGCAGUUCGAGAAGAAAGAACACUACAUAGCGUGUGUGGAGGCCGCCGCGGUUCAGAUGGUUUUCGGACAGGGGGUUACGAGAAAGGUGCCGAGGGGGUAUAUUGAGGCGCUGUUUGGGGAUGAGAGGUUGCCGUAUCAGGAGGGGUGGAGGCCCAGGUCGUGGAAGGUGUUUUUGCCGGAGGUCGUGGUGUUUAUGGUGGCGGUUUCGGGGUAUGCGUGGCCGUUUUGA